UAUAGUAAGAGCACUCAUAACCGGCACUAAGUACUGUAUUACCCCUACUUUCGUUUCUGCCUUAAUUACAGUGAGUGUUACGCUAUUUUGCAGAAUGGACAGUGAUCAAAAAACACACAUUGAAGUAGUUAAAUUCAUUGUGAAAUGCUCUAUAAAACUCAGUUUGCAGGAUGCUGUUCAAGCCAGCUCCAGUAUUCUUUAUCACCGAUUCUUUAAACACUGCUCUGUGGAGGAAUAUGAUCCAUACACCAUAGCAGCAACGGCCAUUUGUCUUGCAACAAAAGUAGAAGAACAACACACCAGAUUGAGAGAUAUUGUAAAUGUGUGCCAUCGAACAUGUCACCCUGAUUUAAAACCAUUGGAACUAGACUCUGAAUUUUGGAACCUGAGAGACACUAUUGCAUCAUGCGAAUUAUUGAUGUUGAGAGUGUUGAAGUUUAAUGUAACAUGCAUACACCCACACAAGUAUCUCCUGCAUUACCUGAUGUCCCUAUCACACUUGUUUACCAGGACAGAGUGGCUAAAAAGCAUGGUCAGCGAUGUGGCAUGGGCACUUUUAAAUGACAGUUACAUCUCAAACACAUGUUUAAACCACGGCCCAGAAAUUUAUGCAAUCUCUGUCAUAGACUUGGCACUGCAAAGUUGCAAAAUUAAAGUGCCUCUUAACGAACACGCAGAUAAAAAAUGGUGGCAAGUAUUUUAUGAAGCUGCAACCAAGGAAGCAAUGUUAAUGGUUCAACGUGACAUCGCACAUACAAUAAACCUAGCAAAUUCUAUUGCGCAAAACAACAACAAAAAUCAUAAGUAAAAGCCUAUCUUUUAACGAUUGCAAAUUUUUUCAGUUGCCUAAAUAAAAUUAUGAUUUUAGAAUAUCCUGUAUUGCAACCAGUAACCAGAAGAUAUCAUACACAC